AUGUUCUCUUCUGCUUCUUCCUCCGACUCCUCCAAUGGAGCUGGUAUCUCCCCGGUCGUGUGGAUCAUCCCCGUGUGCAUCGCUAUUUUCUUCACCCUCAUCAUCCUUACACAACAGGUCUUCCUCCCGGCUCUCGGCCGCUACCGCCAGCGUAAGGGCUAUUCGUAUAAAUACUGGUUCGACAUCGUCCCGACAGGGCAUAAGUGGUUGGCUGGUGGAUCAACCGUUUUCCAAGUCACGCAGGAUAAGUGGGCGGUAUACAAGCUCGUGCCGCUAAAAGUGCCGGCAGAGGGGAUCAUGAUGGUGAUCAAAGCAGAGGACGACGAGGAAAGUGUGAAAGACGAAGCUAAGGAGGUGGAGGUGGCUUAG